AUGUAUGUCAACAAGAUCGAGGCACAACCCCCACCUCCACCUCGACAUUACAAUCCACCACCCCCAGCUCGGCGCCCAACCAACCCUUAUGACGUCGAUGAAACAAGAUCCAAUCAUGUCAAGUUUCCGGGAGAGUAUUAUUCCUAUGGCUAUGGAGCACCACCCCGGCCUUCGACUGAAUAUGCUGGACAUGGACCCCGUGGACGUAGUCCGACUCCGCCUCCUCCUUCGACCUAUUCUCGCCCAGCCGCCGGCCGUACCAACUACACGCGACCAUCAACUCGUAGGACACACCACACAGUGACACAUACACGGUAUACUUCACCUGUUCGCGAGCGUGAUAGACGCGACCUCUCGCCAGCCUCGCCAACAUAUUCCCCGGCGUAUUCACCUACUUCACCUGUCCUGGCACCAGCUCACCCUAGACGAUCAUCCAUUGAGUAUAUCCGGGUCCCUGAAUACCCGGUGGAACAACGAAAAACCGAGUUCAUUGUUGAGAAGAGGAGAGAUGCCGCUUCAAGUGCCGAGGAGGCUGAGUGGGACUACAAGAGGCCGCCCAGGCGAAAAAGGACUCGGGAUGAGAGGGAUGAUGGGAACUUGGAUGAGGAAGACUUGGUUCUUAUGGGGAUGUGGGAGACUGAUGCUGCAUUUGAGUUCGGGCCGACGAGGAAUCCGGUUGCUACAGGUCCUUACUCCUUCGUGCCACCAAGUGCUUCCAAAGAUCCCCUGGGAGAUGUGGGCAAAUUGUCAGACGACGACUCUCUGGAUACAACAGAGCAGGAUAUUGAAGCCGCUGAACGUUUAACUGGGACUGCGUAUCAAGUGCUCGAGUCCGGCUACACAGGUGACGGAAUGAUAGGUGGACAGCAUGGUGCGCAGUUGGUGAUAACUCCAGGGGAACGUGUACAGCACCAGCCUGUCUUUCGGUGGAUUCACUUUAGUCAUAAGUCCAUGGACUUUGACAACUUUGCAACAACACGCUUGCUUGGCCUGACCAAAAGCGAACGGCAAGGUGUCGCCGAUCUAAUCGCACGGGUCAAGCGUCAAGGCAUCAAGCAAAUACAAACCUCGAACGGCUCCUACGUGCGACAUAUGGAGCCAAAGUUCCUCCAAAUGCCUGUUCCUUUUGACCCCAGUCUCAAGGAGCAAAGCUUUGCCAACCGGACCGUCACAUGGAUCUGCCUGCCGUACUUUUCUCUAGAGAAGUAUUCCGGCCUUCUCGCCGCCGAAAACGCCAGCAGCUUUCCCGUUCAAACGCUGCUCCAGGCUCAGUUUUCGAGAGCCACCAAGGACCGUGAUAUGCAACAGGCUGUGCGUCAGCUCAAAGGAGCGCCUGCUGAGCUAUGCUUCCAUAUAGCACAACUCUGGUGUAUCGUGGUAGACAAUUGUAGGUUUUAUCUAGCUCUUCUCCUGACAUGUGGUCGGAUGCCGUUUGACGCCCUCUGCGGCAACAACAUACACAGGGUCACAAAGACAGCCCAGGAGAUAUCAACGCUGAAGCCCGCCGCCAGAGUCUUCAUUCGUUAUCAGAACAAUAUUGUCUGGGCACUACCGAUUGAAGAAUGCGGCAGCUGGUUUUCCUUUAUGGCACACUUCCUCGAGUUUUGGCCUCGCACUCUCAAUUUCUUCUACUACAAAAGACCCGUUAAACCUGAUGAGUGGCCGUGGAUCACCAAGCUGGCUUCCCGUUCUCGUGCUGGAAUCUUGCUCGAAAUGCAGAUUGGGUAUGUUGCACCCUCUUCUCUUGAACACAGGCUGUAG